AUGACAGUUACCACUCAAAGUAGCGGUGGCUUGAUGCAAGUUUUAAGAGAUAUCCCUACUGUAACUAAGGGUAUUCUUUGUCUAUUACUGCUAUGGUGUGUCAAUGUGCAUGCGGAUUUCAAGAUUCUAAGAGUAUUGACGGUAUCUUGGUACUAUAGGACGCAUGACUAUCAGUUCUGGAAGCUGUUUGGGUUAUUCAUUGCAUUUAAUUACAACACGAUGCAGGGGUUCAUCAUGUUAUAUCAGAUAUAUCGGAACUCGAAUAGUUUGGAAAUAGAGUACUUCGGAGGCGAAGUUCUGGAUUAUGUGUUUUUCCUUGGGUUCACGAUGACUGUGACAUCUAUCCUCACCGCUAUUUGUGUAUCUUACUACCACCUGGCGGUUUACACGCUGUUUCCCGCGUUUGCGGGCAUUCUUCUCUUCAUGUGGUCUAUGGCGAACAGCAAUACAAUGGUAAACUACGUCGUUCUGAACUUACAGGCGAAGUACCUGCCCCUAAUCAACCUGUUUGUAUACUCACUCAACGGAUCGGUUACAGAGGUAGUGAUUACGGUCUUUGGCUACGUAGCAGCAUAUAUAUACUGCUGCCUCGACACGAUGACUCUUGGGCCCCUUUAUGGUCUCAUUAAUGGAGAAAGAAACUAUGGCUUUCCUACAGCAACUACAACCCACUUCAGGGGCAGGACCUUGAUAAUGAGGCUCUUGGGGUACGAGAACAAGUCUUCCUCUGUCCGCAGAGGAGCGAAUUCAGCUGGCGCCAGGGCUAAACCAAAGUCUACUGCCAACGCCAGCAGCUUCAAAGGCGAGGGCCGCCGCCUCCACGACGGAAAACCCGUCCCUCCACCUCGCAGCAUCUUCUUCCAUUCUCGCAACCCUGCAAGUAAGGGUGUCCAGGAAAUCACCUCCUCCUCCCAUUUCUCCUCGGCAAUUGCUUCCAGCCGCCUCGUCGUAGUAGACUUUUAUGCCACAUGGUGCGGACCAUGCAAAAUGCUAGCCCCAAUACUGGAGCAGUACGCUGCACAAUACACUACUGCCGACUUCUACAAGGUCGAUGUCGAUCAGCACCGCUCCAUAGCAUCGCAACACGAAAUAUCCGCGAUGCCUACGGUAGUUUUUUUUAAGAAAGGUAAGGAAGUUGCCAGAAUCAGAGGAGGUAACGCUUCAGCAAUUAAAGGUCUCAUAGAAACUCAUGCCUGA